GCGUCCCCUGCACAAUAUGGCUGAUAUCGGUAAGACGGAGCAUCCCUUAUGUUUUUUCGAUUUUCUUAUUAGACGGAAACACGAGUCGACGUACAGUAGCAAUGUUUCCAGAAGGACAUACAGAAAUGGCUGACUCACAAACAAAAACAUCAGCAAAGUCACUGGUAUCCGAACAGUAUUUAGAUGGAUGGCCUCUUGAUGAUGACAACAAUGAAGAAGAAGAGGAGGAGGAGGAGAAGAAGAUGAUGAUGAUAAUGAUAACAAUGAGGAUGAUGAUGAUAAUGAUGAUGAUGAUGACGAAGACGUGAUUCAAAGCCUGAAGAAGAGAAAUCAUCAACAAGCAAGAACUCUUCAGACAAGACAAACCUCUCCAGAAGCUCUGUAAAAAGACAAAAUUAUGAUGAAGAAGAGACAACAGAGAAGAAGAGAGCUUGUUACACCUUUAGUAGUGUAGAUGACAAAUCAGAUGUCAACAAACCCUUGGCAUCAUCCAGGAUCUCUAUGAACCUAGGGUCGUCAAAGGCAAAAAUUGUUGCCCCUAUCAAGAUGGAUUUAUCAUCCCAGUCAAAACCAAAGGAACCACACUCCUUAAUCAAGAAAAGUGCAGCUGUGGAGCAAGCAUUUGGUGAAGACAGUGAUGAUAGUGAAGAAGAGAUGCCAGCUGAGGCACGGAUGCGCAUGAGGAAUAUUGGCAGAGAAACUCCAACAGCUGCAGGGCCCAACUCUUUUGGCAAAGGAAGAUUGGGGUUUUGUGAUCGACAGAAAAUCAUUGAAAGGGAGCUCGUUAAAAAAACAGAUUCCUGAAGCACCUGACAGAAACAGAAGGAUGGUUGAUGACUGAUGCAUUGUUUACUGUGUUUGCUUGGGACUGCUGAACACACUUUAAAGACAAGGAUGAAAAAUGGCUCUGGUUUCUUCAUACAGUUUUUGUGGCAGGUUGUUUUUAAAAGGAAAAAGGUUGAACACCUGGGUGUUGGUCACCUGCUGGAACUAUUAAAUCAUUUGUCAGCAUUCUUUCUUGCCAGCCCAAGUUGUCAGAGGCAGUAAGUAGCAAACAGCACUUCUGUGUGUAGCCCUGUUACUCUGGCUUUGCAGUCUUAUUAGGGUAUUGAAACGGCAAUGGUUAUUAAGUAUCUUUUGCAUUAAUGACUGGUACAUGUGGUAAAAUCCAUUUCACAGGUUUUAAUGUAAACAGAUACAUGGUUAAGAAGUCUUGUCGCAAAGUUCCUUAGGUAAUUUUCCACAGCUUGCUUGAGCACUGAGAAGGAUGCUGUUUGAGAGUUGCUUUGUUGCAGAUGAAUGAAUUAAAGUUAGUGAAUGGGCAAUCGGUAGCUUCUAAACUAGCCUUUUUGGGGGAGAUGGUCCUACACAUGCUCCUAACGUGAGCUGUCAUUGCCUUAACAUUCAGUGCAAGCAGACAUAGAAUAAGUUAUUAAUCAUGGGUUAUGCUGUGACUUUGAUCCGACUGAUCGAGUAUAUUUUGAAAUGUGAAACACAUUUAAGGUUAGUUUCCAUUAUUAUUUGUAUUUUAUUAGCACCAUUCUUGAAUGCAUAUUUAAAGAAUAAUAGCUUCUGUCAGCUUUCUGUUAGAAUUAAAUUGCACGGUGCUCUUGGUGUUUCUUUUCUACAAGUCAACAUUUUUGUCACAAAUGCAACAGCACAUUACAGUGAAAAAAAUUAUUUUCCACCUCAAAACUGAUAUCUUUGUGAAUAAUUUAUUUGGCACUUUCUGUAUCUGCAUUAAUCGAAUUGUUUAUUAGUUCCAAGUGACUAGCAAGAAAUAUAUAUUUGUAUUUAAAAUGUUAAUGUUGAAAAUUAACUGGACAGAUGUUCAUACCUACAACUAUUUAGCUGUUUGAUAACAGAAUGUAUUAUACUGCCUCUUUAUAGUGCUGCAUGAUGUUUUAUUUCUGAAUGUAUUGAAUGUUUUUGUACAGUUUAUGCUGGUUUCUGGAAGAAAUGCUUUCAGUGACAGUAUCUUGAACAGCAGUUUGCAUUAUGCCAAACUGAUGUGAAUACAAAAAUGGUUUCAGUCUUAUACUUUA